AUGUACGUCGCUCAACCACUCGACCUUCGAGCCGACUACCUGGACGCAGUUUCGAUUAUCGUCGGGCUCAGCCUGAUGUUGCCUAAAGAACUAGGAGCGAACAAUCUGUUUCCCAAAGAUGAACACACUGAAGCUUGGCAUAUAUCUGUACUCGGAGAAGCUUUGGAGCUACGCAAAGCCGCCGCUAUUACACCAGAAGACGUCUUCGGCUACGGUAUGCUGUGCUACUACAACCGAAAGCAGAAUGAAGAGCAGUGGAGCCACGUGGUCAAGUUCAAAUGGCGAACGUCGUUCAAAAGUAAAGAGGAGGAAAUUUUCAAAGUGGUUCAGGAGAACGGAAUCACGAAUGUGCCCAGCCUCGUGCGCCAUGACAGGCUCGGCUCUACCGCAGAGCUGCGCGAUGGUUUACACCACCAAGCCGAGCCAUCAGGUUUCCCAUUUCGCAACCACACUUGCAUGUGUUUUGUCGUCACACCCAUCGGACUUCCGCUAUUCACGUUUCGGAACUCUGCCGAGCUGUUGGUUGUGCUGCGGGACGCCAUACAAGCCCACCGGGAUGUGCUGCAAAAGGCCAACAUCCUGCAUCGUGACGUAUCAGGCAGCAAUAUUCUGAUCAAUCAAAGCACCAGGCGUGGUAUGCUGAUCAACUUUGACGUGGCCAUAGACCUGUCGCAACACACGCCCACGGCAAGGAACAUCGCUGGCACGCUGGAUUACUCGGCGGCUGGCCUUCUGAAGGAAAACCCGUACACCUACCGGCACGAUGGAGUCAUUUUUCUACGUUUUCAUCCAGGCUCUCACGCGGAAGGAGGGCCGCUUACCGGCGAACAGCCGAUUUACGCGGUGGACGGCCGGUGA